UAACCGUCGCAUCGAAGUUGCUCUCGCUUCUCUCUUUCCUGGCUGUGGUCAUCAACGCGGGUCUCGUGGCUGCGGCUCAAGAUUUCAGUGCUGGACCCGGGCAGCGGGCGCAGGCAAAACAGCCAAAAGGCACAUCUGUCGCUGUUCACAUCAUUGUUGCGACCACUCCGGGCACGAGAGCUGAAAGAAGAGAGAAGAAGCACCACAGAGCACCGUAGACCAGGUGAGAUGGAAGACUUGCUAGAUCUUUCUUUUACCGAGAGCCCGGCUGCCCAACAGCAGCAGCAGCAGCAGCGGAAACCGCCAAUUGCUGUGCCGGCGUCGACUGCACCGAUAUCUCUUGCGCCCACCCGACCAACCUCGGCGGCCUCUGUCUCCGCCGCUACUUACUCCGCUCUCCGACCAAGCAGCGCGGAUGGUGCGCAGAAGAGCAAGAGUAAACCCGCUGCGGGAUCUGAUUCGUUUGCGUCCUUGGUCUCGUUCUCGUCGUCGAAGCGUCGCGAUGCGGCAAAUCGACCGCUCAACGAACGCGUGAAGGCGCCGCAGUUGGCAGCUUUUGGGACGUCGUCGGCGUCGUCGAGUACGACUACGACGGCUGCGGGUGAUACGGAUUGGGCUAGUGGACUGAGUUUUGAUUUACUGGAAAGCGCGGGUGCAGGCAAUGGCCAGGCAAGCAAUACGACACGUCCGUCAGCUACAAGCACUUCAGCUGCACCUUUAUUAGACGACGAAGACGACAUCCUGGGCGCGCUCGCAAGACCGGUCGAAGCCUCGAAACCUGCGCCUCCCGCGCGUCGACAACCCUCAGCAGCUGCUGCUCCUCCCAGAUCGACUCCAUCGACACGGACCUCCUCUUCAUCCUCCGACUCAUUCCCUACCUCCUCGCAUUCAGCACGCCCCACAUCUGCAUCGAGCGCGCGCCCGUCGCCACCACCUUCUCGAUUCACAGAUUCGCCCGCGCCAGCAGACGAUCGCUCGUCUGCGAAUUCCACGCCGCCCGCGGCUUCGGAAGCAAAUGAUUCUUACGUCGCCGAACUUGUAGACAUGGGCUUUGCCGCGUCGGCUGCGCGCAAGGCGCUCGCUCAGACUGAUACGGGGAAUAACGUGCCUCAGGCAGUUGAUAUAUUGAUCCGCGAAGCGCACGAGAAGGCAAAGAGGCUUCACCAGCAACGACGGGCAGGUGGCGAGCCUGAGAGCGAAGACCCUCGGCCGCAGCGACAGUCUGCGAGACCUCCGCCGCGCCAUCGACCUAGCCGAUUCGACGACGUCGAGCAUGACGAUGUUCUCGCGCCACAUCCGUCAGAUCGAGCGAGGAGGACGCGGCCUGGCAGAUUUGACGAUGGAGAGCUUGACGACGUUCUCGCGCCACAUCCGUCAGAACGAGUUAGGAGGACUCACACCAACGACGAUGAAGACGACGAAUGGGAGUCCAUGCCUUCUGUAUAUAGCGACGGCACAUUAUCUUCGAACGGCAGCAGAAGAUCGCGACCUUCGAGCGCGUCACAGAACUCGACACAGGAUCUCGGCAAACUAGCCUCCGUCUUCUCCGCGCAACUGCGAAGCCGCGCCGAGGUUCUCUGGAAACAAGGCAAGGAGACGGUCGCGAAAGCAGUCGAGGAAUACCAGCAGCACACAAACGGCACCGGCGCCGCGACGGGGGGUAGUUUCGCCGACGAGUCGAGUCCGCGAUGGAUGCAGCGGCAGCAGCAGCAGCAACGGUACAAGUUUGACGACGACGCGACCGAGAUCUCGUUCGAGGAGCCGACGCCGGAUAAUCGGACGCGGCGCGGGGGACAGCUUGCGUCGACGUUGGAAGCGCAACUUCUUGAACAGCAAGGGCCGCCGCCGCCGCAGCCUCCGAGACCGAGACCGAGUGCUACACAUAGCAGUUCGUCGGCUCGUUCACAAACGAGCAGGUUUGAGGAUGAUGCGCCUGCAAUGCCUGCUAGACCACGACAGAAUCAGUUUGAGGAUAUGGAGCAGUACGCUCCAUCCAACCGGCGACGCGCUCGUCCUCCGCCUGCAACUACUCGCUCCUCCUCCUCCUCCACCUCAACAGCAGCCCCACCACCACCACAACGAAAGCAAGCACCCGCACCAGCGCCACCCAAACCCCGCCCUAAACCCCCGCCAGACCACAGAUCCCAAUCUCGAACCGAAGCCUUCAAGCGCGGCGACUUUACGCUCGCGAACGAGCUCUACACCAAAGCGCUCGAAGUGACUCCCGAGCAGCACCUGCUCCGCGCCGUUCUUCUUUCUAACCGCGCGGCGUCGCUGCUUAAGCUGGGAAACACCAAGCCCGCGCUGACGGACGCUGACGACGGACUUGCAAUCAUCGGGCCCGGGAAAGGAAUCGAUGAGGAAUACGAGCCGGGCAAGAAACUGGUUGAUAUCUGGGCGAAGCUAGUCCAGCGCAAAGCGGAAGCGCUGGAGCAGCUCGAGAAGUUCAAGGAGGCGAAGGAGGCGUGGGAAGAACUUGUGCAGUCUGGCAAAGGCGGCGCGGUCGCGAUGGACGGCAGGAGACGAUGCGACGCGGUGAUCAACCCGACUCCGAAAAGCAGCGCGCCUUCGUCAGGCAGCAGCACGCCCAAGCCUCAAGCACAGCGUCCACGACCGAAGCCGACGACGAUCGAAGACAGCGCGGCGGCGCAGGCGGCGCUGAAGAAGAUGAAGGAAGAGAACCGCAAGCUCGAGGCGGAGGACGCGGAGAAAUUCGCGCUGCUGGAUGGCGUCGAGGCCAAGAUCGCGGCAUGGAAACACGGCAAGGAGGAGAAUCUGCGGGCGCUGCUGGGAUCGCUGGACUCGAUCCUGUGGAGCGAGGCCGGGUGGGUGAAGGUCAGUAUGGCGGAUCUGGUGCUGCCGAAGAAGGUGAAGAUAAAUUACAUGAAGGCGGUUGCGAAGACGCAUCCGGAUAAAGUGCCUGCGAGCGCGACGACGGAGCGGAAGAUGAUUGCGCAGGCGGUGUUUGUUUCGUUGAAUCAUGCGUGGGAUGAGUUUAAGAAACAAAACAACAUACAGUAAUUUUGCAUGUCUUUGAUAUAGACGUGGAAGAGGUUAGGAUUUUAAGAGGCGUUUAUCUAAAGAGAGCUUUUCUAUGAGAGAAUAAAACUACAACAACUCAUGC